AUGUAAUCAGCAUAAAUAGAAAUAAUAAAGAGUAAAUAUCCAGUUUUAAAAGAUAUAAAUAAAUUUCAUCUGUCAAAAAGUAAAAUAAGACCUAAUUUUAUACUUCAUGAUAGCAUUUCAUAUAAAUCUGAGUGCGCUCUAGGUGGAAAAACUAUGAUUAAGUAUAGAAGAUAGUCUGAGAUAGAAAGGGAUAUCAAAAAAUAAAAUGAAAAGAUGGUUGAUUAAUUAGAACAGUAAAAGAGAAAUCUAACAUAACAUAUAAUUAGAAAGUAAUUUAAUAAAGAAAGCAACAACUUUGCACCUCCUAUUGAUUUUAAUGCUUUCUUGGAAAACUAAGAUUAAAAAUAAUAAUCAGGCUAAGAUACAAAUACUUAUAAUGUUUUUGGCAAUUAAAUUGGUAAUGAUGCUUUAGAAAAAUAAUCCAUAGAUUUUAAUUCUAGGCAAUGCCUCGACUAACAACCUUAAUCAGAAGUUUAACUUCCUUUUUUAAAAAAGAGAUUUAAUACUCCUCCACUAAGUAAAACUAGAUUGACUUAGAGGCAGAUUUAAAGCAAAAAUUACUUGGAAGCAGAAAAAGUUAUUGAUAUUUAUGCAAAAGAUAAUUAUAAGCCAUAUAAUUUAGCUUCAAAUUAUAAUAUAAAAUCAUUAAAUAAUAUACUUCACAGUUAAUCAGAUUUUGAUUAAUCAAUUCUUCCUACUCAACCAAGAAUAUUGACAGAAUAAAGUGAAUCAUAAAAUAAAUCAAUUUUAAACUCUUAAUCUAUUCUAAAGACUACUACUAAAAGAAUUAAAAGAGCUGUCAGUGAAUAAGGGAUAAAACCAUAUAAAAAGAAAACAGACUGCUUUCCUGAAAAUGAAUUUUAUAUGUAUCUUAACUAGGUUACUUAAAACCGCUAAAAAAACAAUAUAGUUGAAAAUUCUAUAAGCAAAUUAUUAAGUACACUUAAAGAUGAAUCUACAUCUGAGCCUAAAAAGAUUUAGCCACAGUCAAAUGCACUGACAAAAAGGAAUAGGAGAAGCUUAACAGAUUAAAAAAGAGUGCAGUUUGACGAAGAUGGAAAAGAAAAGUAUACAAAACCUCAUUAGUAGCUUACAAAAAUUUAAGAAUUGAGCAAAAAAACUUUUUCAAAAGAUAAUAUAAAAUUAUUUAUCAGAAAAAUUUUGUUAAAUAUUUAAGAUUAUUUAAAAACUCAUGAUAAUAUGGAGAUUCCUAAGCAUAAAUUAAAUUAUUUAGGAGCUGAUAGACCUAAAAUUUCUUAAGUUAUUUUUAGUAAAAGUGGUUUUCUUCGAAAGGAUUUGACAGAAGAUGAUUUUUUGCCAGUCAUAUAUCCUAAAGAUUUUGUUAGAUCUGAGGAGGAUAGAAAAAAUGCACCUUCAGCAGAUAUAAAUUUUGACUUGAACACAUACUUUGAUUUUAUGUACUUCAACUCACGUCUUUAAGAAUAUAUUACAAAGAAAACUACAAAAGCUUUGGUAAAACUGGAAAAAGAGUUAACAAAAUAAACAGAUUUUAUUCAAAAUAAAAGAGAAUAGAUCAUAAAAGAUCAUUAACAAAAAACGAUAGAUAAAUUUAAAGUUAGGGGCUAAUCACAGGAAAUACAUGCAUAAGUAUUAUAAAGUGAAGACAAUUAAAGCUCCUACAAAAAUUAUAAUUUAAAAAGAUAGCAAUAUUUAAUGGAUUACAUGAAUUUAAUAGAAAAGAAAUUAGGUAACAUGGAUUUAAUAUCCUAACUUACAAGAAAUACUUACAACUAGGUUACAGAUGUUAUAAAAGAAGUAAAAAAGCAUUCAAAUGAAAUUUGA